AACCAGGAAGACCCGGACCACCCAAAAAAAUUCCAAAGAGAAUUGGCCGUUUCUGCAAAAGAGAAGCUAGAAGUACACUUCUUCAUCUCUCGCUCUCUUCCCCACUCUUCUCUGGCAAAUUGAUGAUGUCGGCGGAAUCGUCUCUAGCGAUUAUCUGACAAAUCCGGCUAGCAUUCGUCGCCGGAGCCUCUCCGGUUUAUGCAAGCCUUCGAUUUGGGGCCAUUUCUCUGAGGACUGUGCCGUCUCUAUUGCCGUCGAUGUUUUCUCGCUCAAGGAAGAUCAAGGCGGCGGCGGCGGCUGUGAACAAGAGUCUGCCACCGGAGCCCUUGGAUUUCUUCAUAUGGACUGUUGAGGAUGUUAGUUUGUGGCUUGAGGAGAUUAACCUGGGUAGUUAUCGGCAAGUUUUUGAGGAGAAUGGCGUAAAUGGUGAGUACUUGGAGGGCUUAUCCAUGUUCACAACCGAACAGAUUCUGCGAUUUAUCAGGCGAUGCCAUAUGAAGUGGGGAGACUUCAUUACACUCUGCAAGGAACUAAGGCGCAUUAAAGUUGCUUGUCUGAAAGGCGAGCAAGAAGUUCGAAAGCCAUGGUGGGCGCCGUCGUGCUUUUCUGCGGUGUUUGUUAGAAUGGCCAAGCGAAACCGACAGUCUCGAGUCGUCUCUCUGAAGCUGGAACCCUAAUCACACAAACCAGAAAUGUGCCAUUGUUAGAGCUGGAAUCUUCAUUGCAGACCACUCUGCUCUUUGUUUCUUAAUAUGUUGUUUUAUUGUUCUGUUCCAAUAUUACAGUAGAGUUUACUUGUUUGCUUUUUUGAUAGGCCAUGGUGCGCUGUGGUCCCUCCAAACAUUUAUUUUGAAUUUUAUUUCCAUAUAUUUUUGCUUUAUAUAUAAUGCCUUAUAUAUUUGUUAA